GCGCAGAGAACUGCCGUGCGAAUGACGUCACUCCGCGCCAGAUUCCGCCCCGGGGAGGGGGGCGUCGCGCAGUGAUAGCGUCGCCAUGGAGCUGAGGGCGGGUGUCACCAAACAGGAUAUUCGUGAAAAAAUUUGGGACUACAUGGAAUCACAAAACCUAGCUGACUUUCCCCGACCGGUUCAUCACAGAAUCCCUAACUUCAAGGGUGCUUCUCAGGCUGCUGAGCAGCCCCCACACUUGCAGGAAUUCAAAGUGGCCAGAACCGUUAAAGUAAAUCCCAACGCUCCCCAGAAAAAUGCUUGCUUCUUCAUCCUUGAUAGCCACAAGACCUUAUUAGUUCCAACACCACGAUUGAGAACGGGAUUGUUCAAUAAGAUCAUACCACCUCCCGGGGCAACGAGAGACAUCUUGAGAAAAUGUGCCACCUCUCAGGGUGUGAGGAACUACAGUGUGCCCAUCGGCCUGGACUCCAGGGUCCUUGUGGAUCUGGUUGUUGUGGGCUCUGUCGCUGUUUCGGAACAAGGCUGGCGGAUUGGGAAGGGAGAAGGCUAUGCUGACCUGGAGUACGCCAUGAUGGUGUCGAUGGGGGCCGUCCGCGAGGAGACGCCCGUGGUCACAGUCGUCCACGACUGCCAGGUUGUUGACAUCCCUGAAGCACUCCUUGAGGACCAUGACCUCACCGUCGACUAUGUGCUCACACCAACGAGGGUCAUCAAGACGGGGUGCACACGCCCAAAGCCAAAGGGCAUCACGUGGUGUAAGAUCAGCCCUGAGAUGCUGGAGAGAAUUCCGGUGCUGAGAAGCCUUCGCCAUCGAGAGCAGCAGGCAGGGAAAGAUGUCAGCCUUCAGGGGGAGCAGCAGCAUCUUUGGGAAGCUGGCAGCAAGCAUAUGGUUCCCCUCAGUGCUGUUCGGAAGCCCCAAGAUGCCCUCCAGCCCACGGAGGGCUCUGUGCCAGCAGCCAACAGCUGCCUCCACAGGGAGGGCUUGCCACCUGACGCCACAGCCCCACCUGUGGCCACCGUUCACGUGGGCGACCUCCCCGCAGGUGCCCGAGUGAGCGAACUGAAGAGAGCCCUUCGGGAGCGUGGUGCUGCACCCCUGCGGCUCACCUGGCAGGGCCCGCGGCGCCCGGCGCUCCUCGGUUACAGGGACCUCGCCGAGGCUGAGCGGGCCGUUACUUGCCUGCAGGGCCUGCGCCUGGGUGCCAGCACCCUGCGGGUUGAGUUGGUGAGGCAGCUGAGGGACAAGUGAGCUGGUGGCCAGCAGGGUCCUCAGGCAGAACCAGGCUGGAGGGGGUGCCCUCAUCCUCACUGGCCGCCAUGACAUGGGACAGCCUGCUGCGCAGGGCUUGUAUGGACCUUCUGCACCACAGACCUUGGCUGGUUCUGUGUCCUAGUUCUUUCUAGGAAGUUACAAGCCUCCCAUGAGUGCCCAGCAGCCCCUGAUGGGCAGAGGACAUGAGUGAAUGAUGUAUCUCAGUAUUCAGGAGACUGAAAACUAUGUAAUUCAGGUGCCAGCUUAGCUCCUCCUUUUUGCCUGCGUUGAUGUUUUAAUCUGAUUUUCCGGAAGGUUCGGACUGCGUGAACAGUGGACGAGUGGAGGAAUGGUGACAGCGAUUGAGGACCAUCUGUGCUCUGAAUUUGGGGGAGUGGGAGGGUAGAGAUGAAGACAGGCGACCCCUGAGAUCCUGCCUCUGGGGAGUCGAGGCAGGGCCCUGGUGGAGGGCAGAGUUUGGGCAAGACCAGAGAACGGGCUUGGGGCUCUUGGGUUCUCAGCCAGGCAUUACGGAAUGAGCAGAGCUGUAUUGGCACCACAGAAGUUCAAGUGGUGCCGCUCCAGUUGAGAAGGACUUGUUCCCGCAGGCACAGCAUUGCAAGGUGCGGGGCUGUGCAGAGGGGCCUGCAUGUGGGUAAGCUGGCCUGGUGCCACCCCCUCACUCCUGCCUCCCUGGGGAGCCCUGCCUGGGGCAGCAGGAAGCUCCGCCUCGCGGGGAGACACUGGCUUUGAAAAGCGGGUUGUGUCUCCCCUUCCCAGCCCACAUCACAGACACACACCCACGUCUGCCCAGUGCUCAGGUCUCUGGUUUACUCUCCCGCCAGGUCUCUGUUCCUGAGGAACAAACUGGAGCACGGCUGACCUGCACUUUCUGAACAGAGGCACUUUUGCAAUUGAUCUUGGGCAAAAAGUCAAAAUAAGCAUUUAAGUGGAGAUUCUGUUUUUUUCAAAUGCACAUGGGUUGGACAUUUUUACGUUUAGCCAGAGGGUCUUACCAAGUGUAUUUUAAGCAUGUUGUUAUGCCUGGAGAGGGCUGGCCUGGCAAGUCUUCUCCCUCUUCCCCGGAAAAGGCAUUUCCUCACUGGCGUUCCCGUGGAGACUGCAGAAAGUCUCUCCUCUGACACGGGUUUUACUCCAGACGCAGGCUGCUUUCCCAAGUUGUCAUGAAUGAAAUGAGGGGUGGGGAGAUCUUAAAGGGCCCUGGGGCCUGGCCCGGCGGCUCCACUCCCCACCUCCUCUGCCCAGAACGGUCACCCUCUGGCCGGCUGGUUCCUCUGUCCGCUUGAUGUCACAGGCCACCUCUGACCACCCCGUAACAGUAACCACUGGUCACGCCAACCUCACCCUGCUUUAUUUUUCAGACUCCUUCCUCCACGUGAAAUGCUUUUGUUAAUUUUUUGUUAACACUUUUAUUGUUUCUUUCCCACCGUUCGAAGCUGCAGGAGGGCAGUGAACAGGCUGCGGCCAGUGGUGUUACUAGGGCGGCGUGGGGGCGCAGACCAUACCGGGCGACACUGCAGAGGGGGUAACACCAAAAUGACUGUAAAGUUUUUGUGCAGUGUUUCAGCAGAAAUUUACUAUUUUUUCUAAAAAUAACCCUGUGGUUAGCUUUAACAACAAACGCAUUUUUCAUAAGCCCGGAUUACACGUAGCAGUAUACGUACAAGGCUCAAACUCCAUGCGGAUUUACUUUUCGAACCUUCUAGCGUGCUCUGGUCAGAGCUGUCAUUAUUACCCAGUUUUUAUGAUGAUGCUUCGAAUCCCUUGGCUUCCUCUGCACCCACUACAAGCAUGCGCUGUCGUUCUGAUUGCUGCCGGUGUUUUUAUAGUCGCCGAUUUUAUCCAAUUUUCUGGCGUUUUAGCUACACUGUUGUGGUAAUUAGCAUGAAUGGGGGUGACACCAACCCUAGCGAUGGCACUGGCUGCAGCCAGGACUCCUGGUUCCAUCCCCUGCUGUGUCUCCAGCAGCUGGGACUCCUGGCAGAAGUGUAUUGGUGAGCACACACAUUGGAGCUGGGAGAUGGGGAGGAGACCCUGGGUCCUGCCAGCACCGUCUGAACUCCUGCACCCAGCUGUACCUGAAGCCGGACCUGCCUUCAGACCAUGGAGUUACACAAGGCGAUAAACUAUCCAUCCUGGGUAAACCAGAUUGCUUGGGUUUUCUGUCACUUGUAGUCAGAAUAAUCCAGAUAUAUCCUACACACGUAGUCCUUGACGACAUAUUUGAGUUACAAUGAAUGGCGCUUAGGACUGUCUUUUUUUACAUCUUAUCAUUAGUAAUAUGUGCUACAUACAAUGUUGUAGUGCGUAAUUUGCUGAUGUUAUCAUUCUCAGAUGUUAACUCCUAGAUGUUCAAAGAUCAGAUUUAUAAAGAUACUGAUAAUAAAAGGCAAUAAUAAUGAAAACUAAAAAACAAAAAGAUAAAUUGACUUAUAUCACAACUGACUUAUGACGGAAUUUUCAGAAUGGAACCCGUCGUAAGUUGGGGACUGCCUAUAAUCUGAAACAGUUUAUCAUUUUUAUUUUUGUGGAAAAUAGAUUACCAGUAACAGUUGCUGUCAGGUCAGCCUCUGACUCAUGGUGACCCCAUGUAUGUCAGAGUGGAACUGUGCUCCAUAGUGUUUCCAAUGGCUGAUUUUUGGAAAGCAGAUCACCAGGCCUUUCUUCCAGGGCACCUCUGCGUGGACUCAAACCACACCAGCCUUUCGGUUAGCAACUAAACACAUUAAUUGUUUGCAGCACUCAGGGGUCAGGAAAAUAGUAUUAGGAAUUAGGAAGUAUUAGUAUUAGGAAGAACUAAGCAUGAGAACUAUUAAAAAAAAAAAGUUCCCCAAAUGUGUUGGCCUACACACCUUUUACUGCUCCAUCCUACGUCAGGGAGCCUGUGAGUCAGAGUUCUUUGCAAGGCAGCCCUGAAGAGCACGCAAUUACACGGUGAGGACUUAAUGGCCUGGCCUUUUUGUUCCCAAGGCUCUGGGUAUUUGUUAGCACCAUAAUUGUGUAAUUCACAUAAUGAUAAUAAUGAUAAUAAGGGAAAAUAAUGGAAAAUGACCCCUUAGCAAGGUGCUGAGCCUCUGUGGACCCCUUUUAAAUGAGGCCUUCUUGAUCGGGGGCCCUGUCCUGGAAUGUCCUAAUGGUCGUGUGGCUUUGCCAGUGGACAGUGAGGAGACUUGUACAGGAUCUUCAGCGACGCAGUUUCUAACCACACACACCCUUAACUCUGUGAUGACGAUGCAGUGGUGUUGGCUACGUCCUAUGCAGAGAGCAAGUCCUGUAACCUGUCUGGGCCAUCGUUUCCUCAUCUUUAGAGCAAAAGGACUGGACUUGCCGAUGUUUAAGUCCUACCACUUCUGGUUCUCUGUUUCUUUUUUAAUAAUAUUUUAUUGUGUUUUUAGUGAAGGGCUUACACAGCUGUUUAGGUUCCCAUUCAGCAAUUUCUACACAAAUUGCUCGGUGACAUUGCUUAUAUUCCUCACAAUGUGUGGACAUCUUCAUUAUUUCUGCUCUGGUUGUUCCGUUUCUAUUGAUCAAGUUUCCCAGCCCCCUUACUUUCUCAUUUCUGUUUUAUAGUAAUUGUUGACCGUUUGGUCUCAUAGAGAUGAUUUUUUUUUUUUUAAAGGAGCACAGUACUCAUAGUUAAUAACCUUUAUUUUGUGAGCCAAGCGGUUUUUUAGCUAAAGGGUGACGUCAGGGGCUAGUUUCUCUGUUUGUUACAGGGCACCAACACUUUGCUUUAUUUUCCCCUGGCAGUCCUGCUCCAGCCCUCAGUUGAACUGGAGGUGUCCUCUCAGUAAGAGAUCUGAGAGUAGAUCUGUGACAGCUAACCAGUGAAAAAGACCUUAGAAGAAUCCACUCACCCAAAAUCCUAGGAAAUGUUAAAUCUGAAUACACUUGAAUAAACAGAAAACAAAUCCACACAGGGCCCUUGAAAGACUUAAAGUAAAAGAGCCUGACACACGAGAUGUGAAGGAAGAUACAUUUAUGAGGAAGAUGUACUGCAGGAGACAGGAGAAAAUCUCAGGCAAUGUCCUGUUCGUACCCUUGAAAUUUCUGAAAACACUUGCCCCGUUUCUAUGAAAAAGCAUCAACAUUUGUCUGCUCUGAUCUCAAAAUGCUAUGGAGGCUAUCAUGACUCUGAAAAUAACAGCAAUGUGGGGGCAGGCCAAGGAACUAAAAAGAGAGCUCUGAAAGUUACCCAAAAGUCAAAAGAGCUGAGCAUGAUGGUAAAGGUACUUUUUAAAAAUUAAAAAUGUAAGUGUCACGUUGAAAUUUGAGCAGAUGUGGUGUGGAGGAGAGACGAAGAAAAUCUUUCAGCAAGAAGAUGAGAGAGAUGGAGAAUGGAUAAUGAAAAGCCCCAGCUCCUACCCAGUAUUGUAGGCAAGACGGUGACAGUCUUCAAAGAUGUCAAGAAGGAUGUCCCUGAGCUGACAAAGCAGUUGUCGAGUGAGGGCUUUGCUGAUCCAGGGGGCGGGGGCCUCACUGGGGAACAGGAACCACAUCGGCACUGUUGAGUCUGGGUCCCUGACUACAAAUAUGAUCAGAUAAUCGGCAUCUUGAAACAGUAUCUUACUGUGGUGGACAUGUUCACCCAGGAAUCAAAAUGUGAUUCAAGGACCAUCAUAUCCAUUAAAAAGAGAAUAAAUUGAUAAGAAAAAACAAUGCUUACAAAUUAAAAUUUCAUAAAAUAAAAAAUUUAGUAGUUGGACUGAAGACAGAAUACACACAGAAUCAGUUAAUUGGACGAUUUGAGCCAAGGAUUCUUCCCUGAAACUAGUGCAGAAAGAGAAAGUACAGAGCGGUGA